GAGUAAAUGGACACAACCGAGAAAGCCAGACUCCCGGGUGUGUUCCCAUUUCCAUUCUGUGUUCCAUCAUCAUCGCCAUCGUCGGUAUUCCCGUCACUGCCGAUGUUCCCGCCAGGAUUCCAACAAUUGUAUGCAAAUCUCGUACAGCAACAGUUUUUACAGCUAGCCCAACAGCAACAGAGCCCUGGAAUACGGGCAGAUCAGUCUCCAUGUCUUUCCGAUCAUGCCUCAUCACGAGAAGAUUCCCCAUCAGUGAAAAAACUCCAACUUGAUGACGAUGGCUGCCCUCUUUGCCCUCUGUGCGGUGAUAAACUCCCAGAAUCCGAGUGGUCACAUCAUAUCGAACAUGAGAAGAAUAAACUCAUUGGCGUUAUCCAGAGUGUCAAAGAGUCCAAGUUGAUGGAACCGUCUAGCAAUGCUGAGCAAUCUCGGCGAAAACGGGAACUGGAGCUUUUGCGGAUUCGAAAUAAUCAGCAGAAGCGAUUAGCCUUGAAACGCGGUGCAACAACGUUGAUACGCGACUCGCUCACUCCCUUCAGCCGUCAGUCCAACGACGAAAGUGGCUCAAGCGGCUCCCCAGAAGUUAAGAAAGAAGAGCCAGAAUGCUUCAAUGGUAUCAAAUGCUUUGCCUGUCAUAGAAUUUCGGACUAUGGUAUCGUAUCGAGUUCAUUUGAGCAACCACGCUGUCAGGAAUGCUUUGAUGCGUUAAGAAAUCAAGCCGGAGCCUUACCAGCUACACUAACCUCCAUAAUGGAUCUACGCACGUCAGUAAUGAGUCCAUCCACAUCCUCGAACACCUCACCGCCUGCCGAGAAGAAAAGUCGAAUUGAGUGACGACAUUUAGUUUUCAAUCGAUAUUGAUCAAUACAUAAGUUCAACAUGUCCCUCUUCUCCUUCACUCCUUCUUCCAUUUUUCCUCCACUUUUCGUCC